AUGAACUCUGCUAAGGUGUCGACCCCAACGCCUCCCACACGUCGACCCCCAACGCCUCCCACACGUCGACCCCCAACGCCUCCCACACGUCGACCCCCACGCCUCCACCCCCACGCCUCCCACACGUCGACCCCCCACGCCUCCCACACGCCGACCCCCACGCCUCCCACACGUGACCCCCACGCCUCCCUACGUCGACCCAGCGCCCCCCACGUCGACCCCGACGCCCCCACACGUCGACCCCCACGCCCCCACACGUCGACCCCGACGCCCCCACACGUCGACCCCCUGCGUCGGCCCCCACGCGUCCCACACGUCGACCCCCACGUGACUCCCCCACGUGAAACCCCACGCGUCCCCACGUCGGCCCCCACGCGUCCCACACGUCGACCCCCACGCGUCGACCCCCACGCCCCGUCGACCCGCCCACACGUCGACCGACGCCCCCUACAUCGUCGACCCCGACGUCGACCCGACCCCCACACGUCGACCCCACGCCCCCUGCGUCGACCCCCACGCCUCCCACAUCGUCGACCCCCACGCCUCCCACGCCGACCCCGCCUCCCACACGUCGACCCCCACGCCUCCCACACGUCGACCCCACGCCUCCCACACGUCGACCCCCACGCCGACCCCCACGCCUCCCUGCACGUCGACCCCGACGCCUCCCACACGUCGACCCCGACGCCUCCACACGCCGACCCACGCCUCCCACACUGUCGACCCCGACGCUCCCACAUCGUCGACCCCGACGCCCCUACACGUCGACCCCACGCCCCCCACGUCGACCCCCGCCCCCCACGUCGACCCCCGCGCCCCCACACGUCCGACGCCCCCACACGUCGACCCCGACGCCCCCACACGUCGACCCCGCGCCCCCACACGUCGACCCCGACGCCCCCACACGUCCACCCUACCGACCAGGGCCCCCCGGCCCAGGGUCCUCAUUGUGAUAUGGGUGUUGUCCUAUAUUUUUAUAUUUAUAUAGACCUUCCCCACAGGAGGUCUUUAGGCAGUCACUGUUAA